GCAAGGCUGUAGAUUGGUUACGGGCCUUGAGCGUCAUAGUCACAUACCUAUGAACGUUAACACGACCUCUGUGCGCGAUCGUCUGACAUUUUGCGACGGCAACUGUACAACUGAGUCUGUACUCCGUCGUGUUUUGUAUUUUCGAAUAUACUCUGCCGUCAGUGUGGUGAUACGACUUAAUGAUCGAUGUGAUUCAUAAGGCUGGGCAAAAUGUAGACCGACGUCGUUCCAGUUCUCAAAGGCAUCGUCGGAAAAGAGCAAAGAUACCGCACGAAAAUCUCACGAACUGCAACUUUUCUUACAACGCGUAUCGAUCUCUCCGCAGGCAAUGCAUCUUCCUUGCCUAUCGUGCUAUGUUUGUAAACUGUUGACCUUGCCUGUAGAAGAUCGGUGAAACAUCCUCGAUCGCCGAAAAAUCGUAAUCAAGAAUGGAAAUUAUCGGCGACUACGAAUACAACACGAAAGAUCUGAUCGGCCACGGCGCAUUCGCCGUGGUCUUCAGAGGUAGACAUCGUAAAAAACCAAAUUUCGUAGUGGCAAUCAAAAGUAUCACGAAAAAAAGUCUGGCGAAAUCGCAGAAUCUGCUUGGAAAAGAAAUCAAGAUUCUGAAGGAACUAACAGAAUUACAUCAUGAAAAUGUUGUUGCAUUAUUGGAUUGCAAGGAGUCUAAUCAUAAUGUCUUCCUGGUUAUGGAGUAUUGUAAUGGUGGGGAUUUAGCAGAUUAUUUAAGUGCAAAAGGCACUCUUUCUGAAGAUACUAUCAGAGUGUUUUUAAAGCAAUUAGCGGGUGCAAUGAAAGCACUACAUGCCAAAGGUGUAGUUCACAGAGAUCUUAAACCACAAAAUAUUUUACUCAGUCAUAAUUGUGGGAAAGCUUGUCCACAGCCACAUCAAAUAACAUUAAAAAUUGCGGAUUUUGGUUUCGCUAGGUUCCUGCAAGAUGGUGUAAUGGCUGCUACAUUGUGUGGUUCACCAAUGUAUAUGGCACCAGAAGUUAUAAUGUCACUUCAAUAUGAUGCAAAAGCAGAUCUCUGGUCUUUAGGAACAAUAGUCUUUCAGUGUCUUACUGGGAAAGCUCCAUUUCAAGCUCACACACCACAAGCUUUAAAAUUAUUUUAUGAGAAAAAUGCAAAUCUCGGACCUAAAAUUCCUCCUGGAACUUCACCUGAAUUAUCGGAUCUUUUAAUGGGUCUAUUAAGACGUAACGCUAGAGAUCGUAUGCCUUUUGAUGAAUUUUUUGGGCAUCCAUUCCUUCAAGGCUCCAUGGUAAUUCAAGAAGGAGCUACAGCUGUUACAAGAUCAGAACCAGAAACAGCCAGUCCGUGUUCUAGUCCUGAAGAUGACUUUGUGCUUGUGCCAAGUGAUCUCAGCAGUGACACAGACAAUAAUCUUAACACACAACAAGUAAAGUAUAUCAAACAAACUAGUAGAGAGGCAGUGAGUCCACCACGACCAUGCUUCCUUCCUAUUUCGGAACCGAUUCCGGUUCCAUCUCAAAGAAGCAUUGCACAACCAUCAUCUCCCUCUACUAAUACAAGAUCAGGAAGUAGUGUUGUUCCCCGCUCACAACCUAUUAGUAUGAAACGCAGUGUGGAUACUCAUAGAAGUCAUGCUCCUGAUAUUGGCUCCCUUAGUCCACCUAGUGUUCAGUUUGCUAUUGGUACACCACCUAGUAGAAGAUUAAGUGAAACACCACCGCCGCCGAAUACAUGGCAAGUCAGUCCUGUUGCAAGGCAUUCACAUACUUCUAGUGGAACGUCACCAUUACGGCGUUCCACUGGGAAUAAUAGUGCAUCCUCGCCAUUGUUAACAGGACCACUAGCAGUAUUGGGUUCUCCUACGUCGAGAGCAUUUCAGGAUAAUAACAACACGUUGAGGCACUCGCCGGUUAUUCCUUUUGGUACUAGGGCUGUUACCCUUCCUGAAAUAUCUGAGGCAGGUAGUUUCCAAAAUCUUCUGCCAGAAGCGAAUUCUACAAUAACAGAUGAACGUCCAUUAACGUUCAUCGCACCUGAACUCCCAGAGGAAACGCUUUUGGAACGAGAACACAACGAAAUAUUAGCGAAGUUAAACUUUGUUGUUGCACUGUGCGAUUGUGUGUGUGAAGUAGCAAGAACAAGAGCAGGUCCCUUGGGGGCGCCAUUGGGCGGUAUUGAACAAGCAAGUAAUGCUGCAACGAGAAGAAGAGCUGAACAAGUAAUUCUACUUGUUCGAGCUCUUCAGUGGCUCAGUUCUGGAUUAAGUCUUGCAACUCAACAACUCAAGGCUGGUAGGUUACAACCAACGGCCAACGUUAAAGAAGUUGUGAAUACAAUGAAUGAAAAAUUCAGAAUGUGCCUCACAGAAUGCAAACAGCUCAAUAGCGCAGGACUUCUUCAUCAGACAGGCGCUACUGCGGACAAAAUGCUCUAUAACCAUGCCAUUCAUAUGUGUCAGUCAGCAGCACUCGACGAAUUAUUCGGUAAUCCUGCAGAAUGUUUCCAACGAUAUCAUACAGCGCAGAUAUUGCUGCAUUCUCUGUCACAACAUGUCAGUCACAGUCCAGAUAGAGCUCUCCUUAUUAAAUAUAAAGACGCUGUUGAAAAACGCUUGUACGUACUUCAACAACAAGGUUACAUUUAUGCAACCGAUCCUACAUAGCGCUUGUGAAAAAUGGCAGCAGAGUGCAGCGACCCGCCCAAACCUGUAUCGUACUUGAUACCUCUUUUCUGUAAGAUAUUCUGCCCUAUUCUGUAUAAAAACUGUUAAUUCAUUGAUCAUUACAAUCACGCUACAAAGGUGACAUUGUAGAAAGAAGCAAAUAUAAAAUAACGUAUAUAGUAAAGUUUGUUAGAUCUACACAGAAUAGGGU